UAUCUUAUAAUUUUUAAGCUUUAUUACACAAAACUUUGGAGAUGCUAUUUAACAUUCAGAGAGUAAAAUGCAAUUCCAUUUUUUAAUUUUUAUUAGAAAAUUUGAAAAUGCAGAUGACUGCUCUGACCGAACUGAUUGAAAACUCCACUGUACAGUUGUCUACAUUAUAAUUUUUCUCAACUCGACUACCUUAAUGUCAUGAAAUAGUUCCGUAAAGUCAAUGCAAAGUAACUGGACUAUUUUAAAUUUCAGAUAUGACUACGUUAAUCCUUUCCUUUAAUAUCCAUUCUGUAGAAUAUUUUCUAAAAAAGCACUGUUAUUUAAUAAACAUAUGUGGAAAAUACAAUGCCCACAGAUCCUCAUCGAUUAUGUAAAUAGUCCCUACCCUAUUUGAGAGACACUAUUUUCCGUUUGCCUUCCUCCAGGAGCUUAACAUUACUUUCACUCGCCUUUUCAGCAAAAAAAAAGUAUAGCCAGAGAUGAGCAUUUCAAUUUGUAGCUGACAGGUUAGGGUUAAGAUAUGAUUCCAGGUAACAGAAGCCAAUGAGAGUACACCCAGUUGAUGUUUGUGACAUCAUCUUCUGGUCGGAGUACACAGAACAGCUGAGGCAGCGUUCAGUUUCAGCCCCAGUGCCAUUAUGAUGGAUGUUUACAUCUCUUCAUUGAGAGCCAAUUAUCUCGCUUUUGUGUGAGGCCCAGAGAUCGCUCCUGCUGCCUGGCUGCGCGGAGCACGGCCGGAGCUAGCUGAACGAAUUGUUUUCUCUGUCUCUGUGUAUCAUCACUUUCUGUACAAGACAGAUUAUGACAGCUUCUUUCUUAAAGAGAGAAUGUUUAAAUUUCAUCAAAUGAAGCAUAUUUUUGAAAUACUGGAUAAAAUGAGAUGCCUGCGAAAACGUUCUACAGUAUCAUUCUUGGGAGUUCUUGUCAUUUUCCUUCUUUUUAUGAACUUGUUCAUUGAAGACAGCUAUGUUUUGGAAGGAGACAAACACUUUAUAAGGGAAACAUCCACACACCAGCUGAAUUCAGAACGCUAUGUGCAUACGUUCAAAGAUUUAUCUAAUUUCUCAGGUGCUAUCAAUGUCACCUAUCGCUACCUAGCAGCCACGCCUUUACAAAGAAAGCGGUUUCUUACAAUUGGACUUUCAUCAGUAAAACGAAGAAAAGGAAACUAUUUACUUGAGACAAUCAAGUCCAUUUUUGAGCAAUCCAGCUAUGAAGAGCUGAAGGAAAUUUCAGUUGUGGUUCAUCUAGCAGACUUUAAUUCAUCCUGGCGUGAGGUCAUGGUCCAGGAUAUUACCCAGAAAUUUGCUCACCAUAUUAUUGCAGGAAGAUUAAUAGUUAUACAUGCUCCAGAGGAAUAUUACCCAGCCCUGGAUGGCCUUAAAAGAAAUUACAAUGAUCCAGAAGACAGAGUCAGAUUUCGUUCGAAGCAAAAUGUAGAUUACGCUUUUCUCCUUAAUUUUUGUGCCAACACGUCAGACUAUUAUGUAAUGCUUGAAGAUGAUGUUCGAUGUUCAAAAAAUUUCUUAACUGCCAUCAAGAAAGUCAUUACAUCCCUCGAAGGAACUUACUGGGUAACUCUUGAGUUCUCUAAGCUUGGCUACAUUGGAAAACUUUAUCACUCUCAUGAUCUCCCACGUUUGGCACAUUUUCUAUUAAUGUUUUAUCAAGAAAUGCCUUGUGAUUGGCUUUUGACUCAUUUCCGGGGUCUGUUGGCUCAGAAAAAUGUUAUCCGCUUUAAGCCAUCUCUCUUUCAGCACAUGGGUUAUUAUUCAUCAUAUAAAGGGACUGAGAAUAAGCUAAAGGAUGACGAUUUUGAAGAAGAGUCAUUUGACAUCCCUGAUAAUCCUCCAGCAAGUCUAUUUACCAACAUGAAUGUUUUCGAAAAUUAUGAGGCAAGCAAGGCUUAUAGUAGUGUUGAUGAGUACUUCUGGGGGAAACCACCUUCAACAGGAGAUGUCUUUGUGAUUAUAUUUGAAAAUCCAAUUUUAAUUAAAAAAAUUAAAGUGAAUACUGGAACAGAAGAUCGACAAAAUGACAUUUUACAUCAUGGAGCCCUAGAUGUUGGGGAAAAUCUCAUACAAUUGAAACAAAAUAGACAAUGUGUUACUUAUGUAAGAUUAGGUGAAUUCAAAAAUGGGAACUUUGAAAUGUCAGAGGUGAAUCAAAAAAUUCCAUUUGAUAUACAUUGUAUAAGGAUAUAUGUUACCAAAACACAAAAGGAAUGGCUGAUUAUUAGGAGUAUUAGCAUUUGGACUUUUUAGCCAAUUAAAUCAUUCUAUCCAUUCUGAAACAGGUCUCCCUGUUUCCUGUUUUGCUACCUUCCUCUUUUGCUACCUUUGUCCUUUGGAGGGAAAGCAAUGGAUGGGAUAUUUUAAAAGAAAAGUCAAUUAUCUCGGCAGUUUUAUUUACACAUUGUCAACACAAUUUUACUCUAAUGUACAUGUAUUUAUUUUAACUUCUGAAGUCCAUAGCUACUUUCAUUAUAUUUUUUAUAUCAUCAUGUGAGUUCCAAAAUUUCAACCGAGUGUCCAAAAGGUGGCAUGAGAGAUUUAAAAUGAGAAAAUUUAGUGUGUUGGAUGGCAAGUCUUGAAAAAUAGCUGCCAACUCUUUGCACUUCCUCAAGAAUUGAUAAUUCAUUAUAUCAUCAGAAAGCUUUUAUUAAGCAUCUCUGUGACUCUGCAGUUGGCUAUAAUUAUAAUCCAUGUUUUCUUCCAUGUAAACUUAGGUUUCCAUAGAAUUCUGUACAUCUACAAUGAAUAUCUCCUCAUAGAAAUGAUGUUUUUACAAGAGAAUUUUGUGCAUAGGUGAGGUGAUGAAAAGAAAAAAAAGAUGACUUAAAAAAUAUCUCUCCCCAGAUUAUUUAUAUGAAGGGGGACAUUGUUCAUUGUAUAAAAACACUUAAUUGAG